AUGAGGCUGCGACAGCCUCGCGCGACGGCCCUCCUCCUGCUGCUGCCCGCAGUGCAGGUGCUCUCCGCCCAGGUCCUUGCAGGCGCCGAUGACAACAAAGUUGCGCGCGGCGAAACUACUGACAUCGCCACCGCAACGGGCGCACCGGCGGCAGCGGCAGCUCUCGGCCCCGGCAACAAAGGCACCAAAGAUGCCCCAGUGGACGGAUUCGACGGAAAGCCCCACGCCGGGCCUUAUAUCGAUGAGAAGACGGUGGCAACCCAGAAGGGACCCGGCGGGAUAGAAGAGUUACGGCCCGGCAGUCGGAAACCAACGACGGCAGAGAAGGAGGAGCUGGAAGCUAAAAUCGAGGACGACGACAGCGUCAUGAACGACAAGAACAGAGAGUCCCCGAAAGGCAACACCGGCACCGAGGGCGGCGUCUCCGCGAAGGACAAGGAGCGGUUAGCACAAGAGGGCAAGACGGGCGAGAAGAUGGAGAAGGUGCCCGAGUCACCCAAGGAGGUCCCGGAAUUGCCUACAUCGCACGGCGAGCAACAACACAUCAAGGACAAGCAGGAUGCAUCAAAAGAAAAGAAUAAGGACACAGACGGCGAGACACGUGUACUGGGCGCGCAGGGGCUCGAGAAACCCACAGAUCUACCCGACAGCCCACACGACAUACCGCAUCCCAUCCCUCCCUCGUCAGAAAAGACCAACCCGCUCGACACAACGCCCAACACAGGCUCAGGCGUCAUACCAGAGGGAGGCGAGGCUGGCGGCGUCAUCCAGCCCUUGCACUCGUUCGUUCUUUCCUUCACCAUGAUCAUCUUCUCGGAAAUCGGCGACAAGACCUUCCUCGUCGCUGCGCUGAUGGCAAUGCGCCAUCCCCGCAUCCUCGUCUUCUCCGCGGCCUUCUCCGCUCUCAUUGUCAUGACCGUUCUCUCCGCUGUCCUGGGCCACGCCCUCCCUACUCUCAUUCCAGAGCGCUUCACGCAUCUCGCUGCCGCUGGCCUCUUCCUCGUGUUCGGUGUGAAGCUCCUACGAGAAGGCAUGGCCAUGAGCCCUGACGAGGGGGUUGGCGAAGAGAUGCGCGAAGUGGAACAAGAGCUCGAAGAGAAGGAACACCUGGCUAGGCAACAAAAGGGCGGCCGCAGGAAGUCGUCCAUCUCCCCCUAUGUCCUUGAGUCCGGGCGAGCUCGUCGCUCGCGGUCCAAUUCUCGGCUGCCCGCACCUGCCCGCAGUCCCUCCUCCUCGCCAGAUCGUGCUCCUUCACCAACUGGCUCGUCACUCACAGGGGCGCUGAGCGGGCUCAACAACCUCUUUUCUCUUCUCCUCAGCCCUGCUUGGGUGCAGACAUUCGUCAUGACGUUUUUGGGUGAGUGGGGCGACCGCAGCCAGAUUGCUACUGUGGCAAUGGCGGCGGGCUCGGACUAUUGGUGGGUCACUGGAGGUGCGAUUGUUGGUCACGGUCUUUGUACAGCGGGAGCUGUUAUUGGUGGCCGUGCAAUUGCUGGUAAGGUCAGCAUGCGCGUUGUGACUCUGGGAGGCGCCAUUGCAUUCCUUGCUUUCGGGGUUAUUUACUUGUUCGAGGCCAUCUACCAUGAGUAG